CGAUAGGUACACAUCGAUGCCUUCUAUGAAUAACUUCGGCGCUACCUUGAGCGACGGCUCAGCCCAUUCCACCACCGGCGGCGACAGCGAUUACGCCGUCCUUGUGUCGGAGAAUGCGAUCGUCUUAUUCGGACGGAGCGGUUGCUGCAUGCGCUACGUCGUGCAGAGUCUGCUCAUAGGGCUCGGCGUCAACCCCACCAUUUACGACGUGGAAGAAGAGAAAGAGGUCGCCGUCAUCCAACAGCUUUCCCGGAUUAUCAGCUGCACAGAAGAUCAGGCGCCUCAGCUGCCGCCGUUCCCGGCAGUUUUCAUCGGCGGGAAGUUUUUUGGUGGCUUGGAUAAGGUUAUGGAGUCUCAUAUCUCCGGUGAUUUGGUGCCUCUCCUUAGAAAAGCGGGUGCCCUCUGGGUUUGACUCGCUUUUUAUACUCCGUGUGUUUUGUUUUACAUCCCGUUUCUCACCUGGUGAAUUUGGAUUUUAGAGGUUAAAGUUUGAAGUAUAUUUAUAGGGUAAAGUAUUAAUACUUUGAAAAUGUUUUCAUUCAAAACACCAUCUUAAGAGUAAAAACUAUAAAUUUCG